CGUUUGAGUUUUGUAUUCUAUUGUAGACAUAUUUGGAAUCUGAAAGACAAUAUGUUUAAUUUAGUGUGUUUGUUGUAUGUACUAUAAUAUUUAGAUUUAACAACUUCUAUUUAUUAAGAAAAAACUGUAACGUCAUGAUAUUAUAUGAAAUAUAAAAAAAGUUCAUGUUAUAUUAUAAAUAAAAAAUUAUAAUGUUAUGUAAAUUUUUUUAAAAAUACACUACAUAACGAAAAUAAAUAUUUUCUCAUAUUAUUACUGCAUGUUUAUAACAUUUAAUCAUGACUGAUUCAUCAGAAGUAAAACAUGAAGAAAAGUUAACACAAAAAAGACCUCAGUUUGGAAACCGAGUUUUAUCAAAUGAUGAUGAUGUGUUUUGUCAUAACGCAUGGGAUAAUGUUGCUUGGAAUAAGGAACAGGAAGAAUUAGCCCAAAUCAAAGUAAAUGAUAAUUCCAUUGUUACAUUAUCAAUGGAAACAUUACUGAAAUAUGAGAAUGAAGCUGAUAAAUAUUGGAAUAAAUUUUAUGGAAUUCAUAAUAAUAAAUUUUUUAAAGAUAGACAUUGGUUACUCACAGAAUUUCCAGAAUUAGCUCCUGACACAGUAAAACAGAACUGCAUGCAACCAAUAAGAGCUAUUGUCACAAAUGAUCAUAAUAGUGAUGAAGAAACAUACGCACAAGUUCUUAAUACACCAUGCAUAACUUCAAAUAAGAUCUUAGAAAUUGGUUGUGGUGUAGGAAAUACAGUAUUUCCAAUACUUUUAUAUAAUACAGAUCCAAACUUGUUUGUAUAUUGCUGUGAUUUCUCUACAAAAGCAAUUGAUAUAUUACAACAAAAUCCUGCUUAUGAUACAACAAGGUGCAAAGCAUUUGUUCUUGAUGUAACCCAAGAAGAAUGGAUAGUACCAUUUGAACCUGAAAGUCUUUACAUAAUUGUCUUGAUAUUUGUUCUUUCUGCUAUACAUCCAGAUAAGAUGAAACAUGUUGUUAAAAAAAUAAAUCUCUAUCUGAAACCUGGAGGAUUAGUUUUGUUUAGAGAUUAUGGAAGAUAUGAUUUAACACAAUUGAGAUUUAAGAAAGGUAGUUGUUUAUCAGAAAAUUUUUAUGUCCGUGGAGAUGGUACUAGAGUAUAUUUUUUUACACAAGGUGAUGUAAGAACAUUAUUUACUAGUAAUGGUUUCAUUGAAGAGCAAAAUUUAGUUGACAGGAGAUUACAAGUAAAUCGAGGAAAACAACUAAAAAUGUAUAGAGUUUGGGUUCAAGGAAAAUACCGUAAAAAAUAUAUUGAUGCAUAAGAAUACAGAGAUACAGAAUUAGCCAGAAA